GAGAUAUGGCUGUCGUUGACUCCUGCUACCAACUCUACAGUUUGGAGGAGUUCAAGUUUAGGCAAGCGCAUGUAUACAGAUAAACAGUACAUUCGAAAACUAUCUUGGGAUCGAACUAAGCAUAUGCCGGCUGUCAACCAAGAAUAGAACUCUCUAGGCUCGGUCUUUGACGUUAUGUAAGGAUCCUGUGUUCAUCUCACUGCGUGAGACGCUUCUUUCUCAGGAGCGAUUACGCAGUGCAGAACAUCGCACAGUCGCACAGAAUCUUGGACACAUAAUUGACAAAUUGUCAAAAGCUCUUGCCGCGCACAUUAAGGCUUGCAAAAGCUAACCUACAUAGCGCAAAGCCGUCGGAAUGAGGGCAUUUUACUAAAGGCUCGCUUCUCUCAACUCAGCUAGCUACAUGCCCAAGUAUUAAUGUGCACUCUACUUUUCACCAUUGUUCAAUUGAUCACAAGUAAUCGAUCAUUAGCGCUCUCGCACCAUCAGGAAGUGACACAUCCGAAGUCUUGGAGAUGCUGUGGGCUGGUCUCAAUACAUCGAGAAGCCAAUUGUGGCAUGCGCCCUGUUAUUUCAGUAUCGAGAUUAUACAUUAUUCCUUGUCACCAAGGUCUUUUUGGCAAGAUUUUGGUGACAGUGAAAUGAUUACUGAGUCUCAAGGGUGGCGCCUCUUCAUCGCCGCUACUGACGUCUGCCUUGACCUCGUGCCAGGUGAGUAACAUUAGCAUGAUCUUUAUCACCGGGGUCGAGAAGAGACAGCUAGGGCGCGUGGGCUCCCGCUC